AUGCCUUCCAAGCCGAUGAAGGUCUGUCAACCUGGAGUCGACAAGCUCGAGGAUGGAGAAGAGCUCGAGUGUGACCCCUCUGCCUACAACUCUCUUCACGCCUUUCACAUUGGAUGGCCCUGUUUGAGGUUACUUACUAUCUGUCUUACUCUUACUAGGUUCCUACCCUCGACCGUCACACUAGUAGUCCAGUAUCUCAGAGUUGGUUUAGUUCGGACCGAUUUUCCUCACACUGUUUAUCUACUUUCGGGUACUCAGGUAGAGAACCCUGCUUGGAACUCUAUUGGAAUUUUCAAAGUAUCUAAUAUCUUUGGUCAAAGACGGGAACUCGUGCCUAGGAAAAAUGUUGAUGGGGAAUCAGAUAUGGAUGUGGAUAACAGUGAUAGUGAUGAUGAUAGUGAUGAUGGGGAUGCUGGUGGAUCAAAGGCACCUUCUUUGCAGGUGAGGAGAGUGGCCCAUGGAGGAUGUGUUCAUCGCAUUCGCGCUAUGACUCAGAGUCCUCAUUUAUGUGCAACUUGGUCGGAUUUUGGUCAUGUACAUAUAUGGGAUUUCAGCAGUCAAGUGAAUGGUUUAGCAGAGUCCAAAACAAAAGCAACAGCGAAAGAUCCUCCAGUUGUAAAUUAG